AUGGCCUCACCACCUGAAUUGAACAGCAAAUCACCAUUGCUCUCUCUACCUUGGCCAAUCAGACGCCGGAUCUUCUAUCUAGUCUCGGAAGGUCCUGAUUCCACCGGGCUGUUAAACACAAGUCGACAGGCUAGGCGGGAGAUGGAAUACAUCUGUGUGCCCCCGACACUCACAAAGCUCCAGACGCUCUUUAUCCAGAUAUUCCCACACUAUGACCCGCUUGAAUGGCUUUGGGUCGACAUAUCGUGGCAUGAUGAGAACAAGCGCGGACAUCACAAACGGUUUGGAAUCACGAGUCUGGACGAUCCUCUAGUGACACGCCUCCUCAAGCAAGUCCAGUGGAUUCGCCACUAUGCUACCAUCAUGGUCCACAAACCCAAGAACGACGACGACCAUCUCGCCGCCUUCCUCUUGCUCUUUGCAAAGAUGCAAGAUGCUGCAACUCUACUGGCCAGGUUACCGGGGGGCCACAUAUUCCGGACGGUCAUGACCCGGCUCAACUGGGCCGCACGCUGGUCCCAUCACGAGCACGACCCUCAAAUCCCCUUUUGGGACACGAGGCUGCACCUGCCACCAACGUGCGAUGAACAUGUUCCAAAGUUCUCGCAGGGGCUCUGUCUGUAUGAGUAUAUGGUACUGCAUAUUGCCGAGAUCAAGGGCUUCGAAGCAGUCGAGGGUGGAGUCAUGUUCGACGACCUUGACUAUCAUUAUGCCACGCCAUGGGCUAGCUCAUUUCAGGUUAACGACAGCCAUGGUAGAACGCAUUCGCCAGGAUAUGAGGCGGGGCAGGCCGAGGAGUAA